UGCACCACUGCUGCUGCCAUUGCGCUGUUUUCCAAGCUAGCCUUUCGGUUUGACAGAUAAGACAUCUCCCUGACAGUUUUGGGAACACUUGCGGGUUAUUUAUCCGUUCCAAUGGUUUGUGUUAGUCCUGUGCAGCUUGUGUUACCGUGCGCAAUAUAACACCACCAUUGUUACUGAAAAUCCGCGUCCCUUGGCUAAUUCUUUCAACAUGACUUCUCGGCGACCUGAUAGCUUUGACGGCUUAGGUUACAGGGGAAGAGAGGAUCCGUCAUACGGCGGGGGGUACGGAAGGUCAUUUAGUAACGCACCUAGUGCAGCUGACCUGCAACAAUGGGUCACGACACCCCCAGAUAUCCCAGGUAGCCGUAACCUGCAUUUUGAUGAGCGCACACCUCAGUUCGAGACGGGCCCUGCCCCUCCAGGGUCGGACGAGUCUCAGCCAGCUCCACCAUCCGAGCAACUGAACAGAUUUGCGGGAUUUGGCAUUGGACUCGCAAGCCUCUUUACGGAGAAUGUCCUCGCCCAUCCGUGCAUCGUGUUCCGGCGCCAGUGUCAGGUUAACUACCACGCUCGCAACUACCAUCUCUCCCCCUUCACGGCGGUCACUGUGAUGUACAACUUCACCAAGACCCAGGGUCCAAAGGCGCUGUGGAAGGGCAUGGGCAGCACGUUUGUAGUGCAGGGAGUCACUCUGGGUACAGAGGGCAUCAUCAGCGAAUGCACCCCCUUACCACGAGAGCUGUCACACCGGUGGAACCCAAAGCAAGUGGCCGGACACCUGGUGCUGAAAAGUCUGACGUACAUUGUUGCCAUGCCUUUCUACUCGGCAAGCCUCAUUGAAACUGUACAGAGCGAGAUCAUCCGCGACAACCCGGGCAUCCUGGACUGUGUGAAGGAGGGCGUGGGCCGGGUGAUGGGGCUGGGCAUCCCGCACAGCAAGCGCCUGCUGCCCCUCUGGGCCCUGCUGCUGCCCACCGCCCUCCACGGCGUCCUCCACUACAUCAUCCACUCCACCGUGCAGAAGCUCGUCCUGACGCUGCUGCGUCGACGCAACCGAGGCUCCGGCUCUGGUGGCCCCUCCGCCGCCUCCUGCCCCCCUUCCCCGCUCCGCGGAGGCCCCUCGGGCUCAGGGGCCGACUGUGGUGGUUCCGGCGCCUCAUCAUCGGGCCAGGCGGACGCGGUGCAGAGCAUGCUGGACGCCUACUUCCCGGAGCUGAUGGCCAGCUUCUGUGCCAGCCUGGUGGCCGACGUGCUGCUGUACCCGCUGGAGACGGUGCUGCAUCGCCUACACAUCCAGGGCACGCGCACCAUCAUCGACAACACCGACCUGGGCUUCGAGGUGCUGCCCAUCAACACGCAGUACGAGGGCCUGCGGGAGUGCGUGGGCGCCAUCAGCAGGGAGGAGGGCGCGCUGGGCUUCUACAAGGGCUUCGGUGCCGUGGUGGUGCAGUACUCGCUGCAUGCCGCCGUACUGCAGAUCACCAAGGUGAUCUACUCUGCUCUGCUGCAGAGCGCCUGAGGAGACCACACCACACCACACCACACCACACCACACGAGACAAGACGAGACGAGGAGAGGGAUCUACUAGCAGGGCUGAGGAAUGGAUGGGAUCUACUAGCAGGGAAGAGGGACAGGGGGGAAACGACUAUGCACUGCUAGUAUGAAGCGUGACUGUUGAUCUGCUCCAUCUUGCUAGCAGAGUGUUGGAGAAGGGAUCUACUGUGAUCUGCUAGAAAGACCUGGGGAGGGUGGGAUCUACUAGCAGGGAAGAGGGACGGGGGGGAAACGACUAUGCACUGCUAGUAGGAAGCGUGACUGACUGUUGAUCUGUUCCAUCUUGCUAGCAGAGCGUGGGAGAAGGGAUCUUCUGUGAUCUGCUAGAAAGACCUGGGGGACGGGAUCUACUGGCAGGACAUGGAGACUGCAUCUAUUACGUACGUCUUUCUAGCAGAGCCUGGGGAUGGGAUCUACUGUGAACGUGAACUGCUAGCAGGAUGUGGGGGAGGGAUCUACUGUGAUCUACUAACUAGUAGGACAAGGAGACUGGAUCUAUGACGUACAUCUUGCUAGCAGAUCGUGGGAAUAGGGGAUCGUCUUCUGUGCCCUGCUCGUGAAUCUUGUGGUCUGAUGAGUGAUGAUCUACUACUGCGCUGCUGUCCACAUGAGGGAUUCUAUUACUUCCUGCCAGCAGAAUGCACUGUAGGCGAUCUGUCGUUUUCUUGUGGGCAGAUCCACUACAGUCUGGUAGCGGAGUGUGCGCUAGGUGAGCCACUGCGUUCUGCUAGCAUAACGUAAGGGAGACAAAGUUAUCAUGUGGUAUCAUAUCAGCACAGCAGUCAGAUAAGUUGUUUCUAUGUGUGGAAAAACACAAACGCGAGCACACACCCUAACACUGACAGAAAGACACACACAAAGACACACACACACACACACACACACACACACACACACACACACACACACACACACACACACUCGCUGCACGUUGUGAGCACUCCACCAGGACAUGAUGGAGGAUGGAUGGAUGAUGCACAAACACAACAGCUCUGCUUCAGCUUGUUGAACACAAGAGCUACACAGCCACAGACUGAACCACCGCCUGCUUUGAGAGAGGUGCUUUCUGUUUGUUUUUUUGUUUGUUUGUUAUUUAGUGGCUGGCAACAGGUUCAUUCCAGAUGACUGUCUUGAUGUGAGGUUUCCUAUUUUUUGAUGAAUUGAGUGAAAGAAGAGGCACUGACUAUUAAAAGGAAAAAGAAAUCACGGCGGGCAACUAAUAAAUAAUAAGUACGGUAAUCCACUGGCACCGGCUCAAAGUUAAAGGACGUUUUUUGUUUGUUUGUUUGUUUGUGUUGUUUGCGCAGGUGUGCUAAGCUCUUUCCAGAGACACAGAUGACUAAAUGCAUGCCACCCACCACUACCCAUCUGAUCCUUUAGUAGUUCUAACUGUGGUAAAUGUUAAACCUUUACAAAUACACCCCAAACUGCUGCCCCAUGCACUCUCUGUGUUUUAUAAUCAGCUCUGCACCAUGACCGUCCAGUAAAGUGACUUGUGUGGUCAGAUGGAGAUGACCACUAUUGCCCACGGCCAUCUCCAACCUCCUAGCCGUGUAUUCUUUUUUUCUUCUCUGUGCUUGCUCUGUUUUUGGAUUGGAGUGAAUGUUGCUUUCGGAUUAGGUACGUAUGUAUGAGCACUUGAGGCUGGAUCGUGCCAAUAUACCCUUGUUAAAAAAUUUGUAUACAGAUUGUACAGAAAAAAAACACAAAUCUACUCAAAUAGUGUUUAUCUUUAAAUUAUUUUUUGCACCUUAGAGUGUGUGUGUGUGUCUCUGUUGAUGUGUCAAGUCAUAUUGUUUUUUUGUGUCAGCGAGGAGGAUCUGUGCGAGACCUUGAUAGCUUCGAAGUAUCUGCCAUGCAAGGGUGGCUGGAAGUUGAACAAAUCAAACCAAUGAUGCACUGCUGGGAGACGGGGUUUGGCAUUCUGUGAGUUAUAUUCCUUUUAAAAGUGAGACGUUGCACAACCCUGUCAAUCAUGUCAUGUCGUACAUGUUAAUGCUUGCAUUAGCUGUCUUCUGCAGAAGAGAAAAAUAAAAGUACUUUGCAUUGUCAGGGAUUUUGCGAGGGUGGGGGGAAAGGAGAAGAGGCUUAUUCAUAAGAGAAAUAAACAUAUACAAAUUGUGUAUAAUAAGA